CUCGCUUCUGUCCAUCCUUCUCCAUCUCUGCGUUUCCUUUUCUUCGUCUUUUUCAUCGUCGUCUCUAUCCUCUUCGUCAUCGUCGUCAUCGUUCUCUCCUGCCACUGCCUUAUUCCUCGUUUGCGUCCUAUUUCAACCGUCUAUUUAUCUCGUCCGUCUUUCUCCAUUUCUACCGUUCCCCCUUCAUCAUCAUCUCCUCGUCAUCGUCGUCAUCGUCCUCUUCGCCCUCUUCUUCCACUAUUGCCCCGACUCGUCGCUCGCGGUCUCGACCGUCUCUCCCUCUCUCUCUCUCUCUUUCUCUCUCUCUCUCUCUCUCUCUCUCUCUCGUAUCUGCCUCUCUCCGUCCGUCUGUCUCCCCUUUUCCGUCUCUCGCUUCACUCGCUUCUCUCUUCUCGCGUAAGAGAGGCACGAGAGGAGAGAAGGGGCAAAGACGCUUUUAGACACGGAGCGUCCACGAGCGUCGCGACGCCUUGAGAAGCAGUAGUCGCGUACCUUAGGCAGCUUCCACCUUGCCGGCUCGCGGCUGUACGUAACGUGAUUCUCCUCGAGGUCUCUGCUCGACGCAGCAUCCGGCUGUCGCGGACGCGUUCCAUCGCGUCACGUUCGUUUCGCCUCGCCUCUGGAUGUCACUCCGACUCCUGGAACAUUACUACGAGAACAAUCAGUGGUUCUCAGUUGGAGAACGCGUGCACCGUUCUCUUAUAUCCAGCACAGCUUCGAGAUCUCGUCGAGUCUCUUCCGGUCAGGACGUCGAGGAUCGUUUCGCAUUGUCAAGGAAUCAUCGGAGGAUCGUACAGUUGGUUCUCGCCUUGGGUUCUCGUUUCAACGAGGUUCACGCGAGAGAGUCUCUGUGAUUAUCUGCCUCGCCGCGAUCUCGCGCGAUCGAUGGUGCUCGGGAGGAUCGAUUUCGAGGAGAGGGACAGCGUGUCGUUCGCGGGCACGAAGGAGAGGCCGCGUAGCAAGAAGGCCGAGUGGUUAGCUGAAUUUCGGGGAUCCGCGAAGUCUAAAUUAAUCUGGAGCCCGUUGUUGUUGAAACUGUGAGCCUGCUGCUGGCUGGCGUAAAAAGAGCGUAAAGUUUCGCACGCCGAAUAAAAAUAAGCGUGAUACGGGGAACCAAGAGAGCUGGAUCUGCCUCUGCUCCGCGCAGGUUUACGCGUGUGCCGCGCCGCAGGAACAAACUGGUGAUUUCCUGCUCGACGAAACAAGUGGCCGUUCAACGCGCCAGAAGAACAGUCUUCGACAACGUUCCAUUCGUCGCGAUCCUCCUUCCAAAAUAGAGAAAAACGGGGACGAAAACCUCUCGUUCUGCUCUCGCCGCGACGUAUCAUUCCGUUUGACGUAUCCUCCAGCUUGCCUCAAGUACAAACAUACCUCCGAUCCACCACUCCGAAUUCUCGAACGAGCGUCGUUCUUCUCGAAACUACGUCGUUACAUCCGAUCCAGCCAGAAAGCUCGACAGUGUGAAAGCUCAGGUUCCUCGGCUGUGACAGAUCCGACAACGUGUACAAAAGUGCCAAAGUGCAAAAGGUCCCGGUCCAUUCCAUUCGUCGCACUCGUUCACGAGAUCCUCCAAGUGUUAGUUUCCCGGCUUCGUUUCUUCGAAUGUGUUAUCCUGGUGGCGGGCGUCUCGUGUGACGUGAGCGGCGAGUGAAUCGCCACGCGUCUCCCUCCGGCAAUGACAUAGCGGUGGCUGUUGGAGCAAAUGGUCGGCUGCUCGGCUGCUCGUCGGUGGGUGAUCGUGUCCAACGAGUAAAAAUAAUUCCGCGAAAGUGGUUCGCGUGGCGAGGAAGGAAAAGGACGCGACGAUGGCGGAGCGUCCUGGGGGUAGGAGACGUUCGCGUCGGGACAGUAUGGAGACGGGCGGCUCGUUACGAGGCACGCCGCCGACCUCCAAGGAUCGAAGGACCAAACGAUCGAGCAAACCGUCGAAGGAACGAUGGCUGCUCACGAGGAAAACGUGGCGUUACAUGGCCGACGCCGGCAGACGUUUGAUACCGGAUGGAACGCACAACAGGCCGGAGGAUAUCCCAAAGAUAGAGCAAUACUUUCAGGAAGUAUGCCAGAAGGAACCGAGGUUUCUGCUUUGGAGGAAAGCGUCGUACCCAGGGACGUUGGCCUUCCGAUCGCAGGCCAGGCGUCGAAGGCAGAUAAAAGGUGGCAGUUGCAGAACGAAGGCAAGUUCUGCCGACGAGGCUGACGAUGUCAGAAACCAGCCACAGGGUUCUUUCGUUAUUCAGACCACCACGGCGGGGAAGUUUGACCUAGCGAAAGCCAAGAGAGAGUGGUUGAUGGCGUCGGAAGGAGGCAGCAUUCCCUCGAGUCCUGUGGAGCAUAGGAAAUUCAUGCAGGAAGACUCCGAGAUUAAAGCGCUGGCCGACAUGUUGCAGAAGUACCUGAACAUGCAGAGCGACGUCGCUGGCACGACGAAAUCGGCGGAAAGAUCGGGGCCGCUCGCUCUGAUGGAUGGAAAGGAACCUUUCGACUAUCAAAAUUUGAUAAGCAAGCUUCAACAUCAUCUGGAUUUAAUGCUCGCCCAGGCCAAACUGGAGGAACUGUCCGUUCAACGAGCUCUGACGACGGAGAAGGACGCGGAGAAGAUUUCCAAGUCCAUGCAGCCGUAUCAGGGCGACUACGUGCACAAAUCGCUGAUGGAAACUAUUGGUCGUUAUUACAGUAGGUCCGGCACUCGGGAACACGUGAUCUCGGCUAUUCUAACGGACCGAAAGCUAUUGGAGAAGCUGUACUUCGACUUGAGGUGCACCAGGGGUUUCCGAGGGCCACGUGCCACCGGCGCCUACACGUCACCAUCCUCCCGCUGGUGGUCUCACCAACGAACCAGGAUACCGUCAAAGGAAUCCGAGGAUUGGCUUUCCGUCAGAAGAGAUCCUAUCUCCCCGCCGCCUCUUAUAGCUGUCCAAGAGCCCAGUACCGAUCGUAGUCCCACGGACAACGGUGUGCAAACGGAUCCUGUCCCACGCGAGGUUCUCGACGCUAUUCUCUUGGAAAAGGAGAAGGAGGAAUUAUCGGCGAAAGAAGUGCACAAGCCUACUCGCAGGCGAAGCAGCGUGGACAACGACGACGUUUCACCGUCCGUCAGCGACACGAUCAAAAGGUACCUUCGAAUGGCUAGAAAGAAAUCGAUGGACGCCGACAAGGUGGACAGAUUCAAACGGGUGAACUACGACAGAAAUUUGAGGAACAUCAAGGCGAAGGGGGAGACGACCAGCCUCGGCGAGGACGAUGGCAAUAACAAGGGCUGCCAGACCGAGGACAACUGGGCUGUUAAUUACAGAGAGAUGUCCUCGACGGAGAAUCCGUCGGAAAAUUUGUCAGACGCUGAAACGACCACUUCACCACCGAGUAGAAACGCGAGCUCGAGGAGCAGCAUCGACGCUGGCCUUGGUUCGGAAGAGCCACUGACCCCCAAACACCAUCAUCAAUCCUUCCUCUCCCAUCUCCUGCACGGUUCCAACGCGCACAAGGAUAAACCGCAUUCGGCACCCGGUUCACCGGCACUUACGUCAUCGUCCGCCAAUUCCGCAGGUGGCACAGCGAUGCAGAAGAGCAAGUCCUCGAGCAGCGUGGUGCAUCACGGCAGCCGAUUGGUCGCCAAGAAGAUAUGGAGGUCCAGGAGCAAGAGCACCUCGAGGGCAUCCAAUCAACCCUCCGUCUGGACGCCGCAGGGAAAGUGUACAUGGGCGGGCACCAGUGGAAGACGUGUCACCCUGCAAGAUACUUCGUUGAGGUCACUGUCGGAAAUUGAGAGGAAAGUGCUGUGCAAGGUGGCUGUCGCGAAACUCCAGGCCCUCAACUUGGGUGUUCACAUCAGGCCGCCGAGUGAGUCACUUGGCAGCAGUUCCGUGGUCACGAAGCCCAAAAGGAGAGCACCUUUGCUCAAGAGGAAAGCUCUCACCACGGGUUUCUUCGACAAUAAAGGAAAAGAGGAUAAGGAGAAAGAUUCGCCGGGAGGCCUGGUAUUUGGUAUACCGCUGUCACAGUGUUUGGAGAACGAUAGGAUCGCUAGAAUCGCCGCUGGUGAGGUCUCGGACGUUGGUUGCCUGUCGAGGAGCAGCAGACACGGUAGCAGAACGAGUUUUACGAGCCUCAUCGAACCUACUGUCGCGGCUAAGACCGACGAGGGUGGCUCGUGCGAGUCGUUGUCGUCGAAAGGCGGAGCUCUAACCGGAAGCGACUCCGGGGUGCUCGAGCUGAGCGACAGCGGCGGAGGAGGCCCUCCAGGAGAAUGGGACGCGGUUCCCGGCGUAGUCAGACAAUGUAUCAGGCAUCUAGAAAAUACGGGCCUUCGGACGCUCGGUGUCUUCCGGGUGUCGCCUUCCAAGAAACGAGUGAGACAGUUACGAGAAGACUUUGAUUGUGGUCGUGAGACAAAGAUCGGACCCGAUCAGUGCCCUCACGACGUAGCGACCCUCCUCAAGGAGUUUUUUCGAGAUCUCCCGGACCCUUUGCUCUGCAGAGAUCUCUACCAAGCCUUCGUCCAUACACAGAAGAUCCGGAACAGGCGACUUCAGCAAGAGGCACUUCAGCAUCUCGUUCAGUUGCUGCCUACGCCAAACCGUGAGACACUCUGGGCACUUUUGAACUUUCUCAGCGUGGUGGCGGCGAACAGCGAAGAUCAAAAGAACGAGACAGGGGAUUGGAUACCGGGCAACAAGAUGGACACGAUCAACUUGGCCACGGUAUUCGCUCCGAACAUUCUCCACUGCGUGAAACCUGGACAAAGGUCCGAGGUGUCUGCGGAAAGGGCGGAAGAAAGGAUAGACGUGAUAAACGUGGUCAGAACUCUUUUGGAACACGCCUCGACGUUAUUUACGGUACCAGCCGCCCUUCUGGACGAAGUAUACUUGCACAUGAUGGACACCCAUCCGGCGGAUUUAGAUCUUGCGCUCUCUCGACGUGCCGAUGAGCAAUGCGGAGACGAGGCGGACCCGUGCAGCGAAGCCGAAACCUUCUCGGUCGAGGAGACGCUGACAAAGUCGACAACGUCCACGGCCGGGACGACCACGUCCACCAGAAAGGUGUGGACGAGGGAGCAGUGUCUUCACCAAACAGCUGGUGUUGGCGGUGAUAUAGGUCCAAGGCCCAGGCGGCCAAAGAGGCCUGGCAGCCGACGAAAAGAGGAAGGCAGAAGUAACAGCGUGGACAGUGGAUCCAGCGAGGAUCCAGCCGAUCCACGAAGGAGAUCCUCGCCGAUGGUAAUCACCGCCAGUCUUACCAUACCGAUGUCUGGAGCGUUCACGUUGAACCUCGACGAUCCAGACAUUCCUUACAUCGAGGAAACUCCUAAGCAACCUAGUGCACCGCCGAGAAGGCAGAGGCAGCGAUCGAUCUCCGGUUGCAGCGAAGGCGGAAGACACGGAAGCGACAGCGCGGUGGGUUCAUCCGCCACUUUGUCGGGCGACCAAGUUCCAAGCUCUCCACCCUCGUGGGCGUCAUCGCCGCCAGCCAGCCCUGACAGCGCGGUCACUGCUGUCUCCUACAUCCCCGACCAACAGGCCGUCCUUCAAAGGGUGUCGUUCACCACCUCGAGCGAGCUACGGCAAGUGACCAGGUCGAGCAGCAGCCAAGAGACGUCGAGGAGCACCGCGGCCCCGUACACGCCGAGCAUCACCAGCAUCGGUGGUGCGGUUUUGAGAUCGAAGACCGCCGACAUCGAGAGGAUGUUACACAUCUCCAGACCAGACACAGGCAUCUCGACGUCGCAGCAGAGCAAAACCAGCUCCACAACGUCCUCGGAGAGCAAAAAAUACACGAAGAGACGUUACACAGACUCGAGGCAUCAGACUCGUCACAUCCCCGAUUCCGAUACGUUGGCGGGGAAGAACACGGCCACGGUUUCGCCCUCGUCCUCCGUGACCAUGUCCUCCUCGUUGUCGGUGGCUGCCGCGCAGAACCAAAGAACCAGAGCACAGCCGGUGUGGAAACGACGGGAACUCAUCUCCAGCGCGCCCAAGGACAGGGAGGGAUACUUCUGAAUGUCCCUGAUCGGGCGAUCGAGUCGAAUGUCCUCGAAUGGAUCUCGAUGAGCAAUUUUCUCUUGGAACUCGUCUCUCAAGCUUCGUCAGAGAUUGGAGUUUCGUUGAGCGCUCGAUCGAAAGUUUUGUGUCGAUCUUAAGUAGAUAGGAACGGGCUGAAAAUUAUGUCGAGGAAGUGUGUACGAAUCGAUUGAUAAAUCGUACCUAAUCUUGCACUUAGGUACUGUUUAGGAAAUAAUUGAAUCAAGUAGUUCAAUUGCAGUUUCCAUUGCUUCCACUCCGAUGGAAUGUGAAAGACGAGAAUGUUGUACAUUUGUACAAAUUUUUCUACGACGAAGGUAACGAAAGGUUGUAUGUUCUUAUAGGUAUACUCAACUUUAAUAAUAAUAUUUUGAGACGUUUCGGGGGGGGGGGGAAGACUGACAAGCCUUGUGCCUUGACGUAUUCAAAUUCUAAAGUAUCAAAUGUUCCCCUAAACGAUGAGGUACUUAACGUAUUUAAUGAUCGUAAAUUACAUGACUUUUACAGUCUAAUCUUAAACAGGUUAAUGGUAAAUUUGAAAUUUAUGCGCUGAAUAAAUGAACCACGAAUAAUUUCGUGAGAAAAGAAAAGUUCAAAGAGGUCCAAACCGAGCAUACGAUUCGAUCGUCGAAAGUGUCCCAAAGUGAGAAUAAAAAAAAAAAGAAAAAAAAAAACAAUAUAGUCACUGCCGAUCAGGCGUGGCCUGGCAAAGUGUUCCUCGACACGUUUCUCGCUUCGGAAGUGAGAAAUCGUGUGUUCGACGUAUCGUGGGGUGUCUAUUGGUUCCUAGACUACCGUCCUCGCGCUCGCAAAGAUCUCCGUGACGAAACGCACGACUCUACACAUACACAAACACAUACACACACACUCUCUUUCUCUUUCUUAAUCUUUCUUUUAUCUCGUUUCUGUCUCUCCUCUCAUUCUCUCAACGAGAUUGUAACCUCGUGCUGUAACAAAUGAAUCGAACGAGAGGAUCUUUCUACCUUGCGAUUAAUUUAUACGGAAGAAAAGAAAAAAAAAAAAAUAGAAUCAAUCAGCAACAAAAUGGAACAUUGAUCUUGUAUCUACAUUCUGAUGUAGUAGCGACACGUUAGUAGCGAUUUGUAAAUUAUUUUUAUUACCCGAAGGAUUCGUCCGAGUUCCUCGUCGUGAAUUCGCGAGGACCGCAAUGCCGUGUGCAUCGUGUGAAUCCUCGACGAACCAAAGUUAAAGCAAGACUAGUCUCGAGUCCCUUGAACUUGUAUCGGGCCAUACUAUCUCUCUCUGGAUCAGCUGAGACAUCGUCGUUCGAUUUUUCUUCUCUUUUUUUUUUCUCUCUCUUUUCGAUGAAACGAAUAAUUACCGCCUUACGUACGCUGUUACGUACGCGGAGACGUAUGCAUUUCGUGAAAAUCGAAGACUAUUAUAUUUUUUCAUAGUUACCGUAGGUACCUAAUGGGACCGACAGUUUGUGAUCCAACGACGACGAACCAGCAGAGCCGAGCUAAUUAAUUUUAAUUAACUGGUUUCGCUCUUUCUCUCUCUCUUUUUCUCGCCGGGAGUUCUUUCUCUCGUUGCUCGUUACUUCUGUACUUCGAUAAAUUGCUCUUCGUGCACGAGGAAGACGCCUUGAAUGAAUCCGUGUACUGCCGUGAGAGACGCGUGGCCCGAAAGACGCUGUUGUUCGUCAUUUAAGUUUUCAUUUUCAGUCUGUAAGCUAAUAAAUGAAGGUUAAUUUUUUUACCA